UUUGGCUGCUUAUUAUUAUUAUUAUUAGUAUAUUUUUCAAUUUUCUUGGACAUGAAAAUUAUCAGAACAAUUUCUUCAUCAUUCACCUCUCUUCUCCUCUCUACCCCCUCCAAACCCUCCCUGCAAAGUCACAUUCUUGGAGAGUCAUCUCUGCAUUCAGUUUCACAAAUUUCAAUCGGUAAUCCAAAACCCAUGUCAAUUUCCACCAAAAUCCCACACUCUCCCCUCAUUCGCCACUCCAGCACUCCGUUCUUGAAGCCCACAAAAAUCCCGUCCUUAUCCUCGCCGUCUCAUAAAUUCUUCUUCUUCAAGAACAUCACGAUCCAGAGAAUAUCCACAAAAGAUCCUGUUUUUUUUGCCACUCCUUCGUCCUCACCUGCUGUUUCUCUGCAACCCGUCGAGGAGCUCCCACCGAAGCUCCAAGAAAUCAUCAAAUUGUUCCAAGGAGUUCAAGAACCGAAGGCCAAGUAUGAACAGUUGUUGUUCUAUGGUAGGAAUUUAAAACCUUUGGAGUCCCAGUAUAAAACUAGUGAAAACAAGGUUCAAGGCUGUGUUUCUCAGGUUUGGGUCAGAGCGUACUUGGAUGAUGAUGAAAAUGUGAUCUUCGAAGCAGAUUCUGAUUCAGUGCUAACUAAAGGGCUGGCUGCUUUGCUUGUUCAAGGCCUUUCGGGCCGGCCGGUGGAAGAGAUUGUGAGGGUAUCACCGGAUUUUGUGGUGCUUCUAGGGUUGCAACAGAGUUUAACUCCUUCUCGGAAUAAUGGGUUCUUAAAUAUGUUGAAGCUGAUGCAAAAGAAGGCCUUGCAAUUGUAUGUUGAAUCUGAGAAAGCUGAUAAUUCAAAUGUUGAGUCCUCAGGGAAAAGCUCGGUUAAGAGUUCUAAUGCAGUGUUGAAUGAGGAUGGUGGAAAUGGUAGAGUGGAGUCUAGUGAAACUGCUACUAAUUUGAAGGAGGAGUUGGACGAUGGAAGUGUCUUGGGAAGCAGGGGAAGGAGGAUUAGAGAGAAGCUGGAGAAAGAACUGAAGCCUGUUGAAUUGGAAGUUGAGGAUAUAUCUUAUCAGCAUGCUGGCCAUUCUGGUGUAAAGGGAAGUGAUGGAGAGACACAUUUCAAUGUAAAAGUUGUUUCUGAAGAAUUUGAAGGGAAGAGUUUGGUUAAGAGGCAUAGACUGAUUUACAGCUUGUUGCAAGAUGAGUUGCAGAGUGGACUACAUGCCUUGUCUAUUGUGGCGAAGACACCAUCAGAAGUUGACUCUGUCUGAAGUCUAGGAAUGAUAGAGGUUUUGCUUUACUUGCUGUUUAUACUUAUAAUCAUGUAUGUUGUCGGUGCUAGUUGUAUUCGUAUUCAUUCCAAGAUAUAAUGGAAGUAGAGAGAAUCUCUCUGAAUUAAUUGGUUUCA